CAGUUUUUAAUGCUGAUUCUGAAUAUACCAUUUUCUUGGAUAUUAAAUUGAUAUUUGUGGUACUAUUUUACUGUUGAAUAAUGAACAUAAUUUUCCAUAGUAGUAGUACGCAGGCUCAGAUGAUCUGCUUGCGACAAAAAAUAAGAUUUUUUUGAUAGCGACGAAAGAACAAUAACUUGUUCCAAAGCCUCCGGUGGUACGAGUACCUGUAAGGUACCAUCACUGAAACAAUGAGAAAUGGAAUCUGUAAGCUUCCAUUCUUAGUCACUGACGAGAGAAAGUGGAUACAUGGUGUCUACGGAUUGUAUCUGUUGAAUUUCUUUCUAUUUCUUGUGGUAGCAACUGGAGUGGUUGGAGAAUCGAAGACAGCCAAGGUGAAUAGUGAUAACGAUGUUGGUAGACCGGGAGAGUCACAAUCGUUGUCUCCUUGGCAACAAUGCUCUACCUUCAUUGCACCAACGACAAGAACAAAUAUGAAUUGGGGCGUCAUUGCCAAUCGCAACUUUUCUGUUGGUGAAAUCGUAGACAUUUCACCGCUAACGGUGCCGAUUCCUGAUGGAUCGAACGUGAUCGAACGGUCGGUACUUAACGAUUACGUCUAUGGAUACAUGCGGAUUAUAGAACAGGAACGACGUAGACCAUUUCUUCAGAAACUUUAUAGUGUUCUACUCGGCCCGGAUAUGUUCUAUAAUCACCACCCAGUCCAACCCAAUAUCGAAUUUACAACCUUUGGGCGCGAACCUUCCAAUGGCCUUCCAGAUGCUGUCAACCCACAGGGUUUUGUCGCGAAACGCAACAUCUUAAAAGGGGAAGAACUCUUUACGAGCUAUAACGGCAAGGAUGAUGGUGGAAAAGAGUGGUUCCGACGACGCGGUGUUAUGAUGGAAACUCCGCCACUGCUUCCACCAGUGUCGUCGGAAUAUAAUGAUGAUAUGUUCGAUCGCCAUUCUGAGGCUUUUUGCUCCAAAAUAUAUUCUGGUCUCGGCUUGCCGUCAUGGAAAGGUCGGCUUUUGCCUCUCUUGCCAAAAGAAUACAAAUUACCCUUCGAGAUUGAUUUGAAAUGGCUGGCACCGUUUGAUAGUGGAUGGGGAGAUGCCAAAACAAAAGUUGACGUUAAAAAAGGAGAACGUUUGGAAAUAUCAACGGCACUUGUUCUGUCUCGUGAGUUCACGAAGAACACUGCAUUGAUGCCAUUGGUCUACGCCUGGAAGGAUUUACACAGUAAUCAUCAAGAAACCUUGAAACGCUUGCAUGCUGCAAAACAAGGCAAUUUGCAUUUGCAAUAUCAAGGACCAGAUACAUCGUGGAUACCAAUCAAUAACUUCACCAAUAAGGGUGACCAUAAUGAUUUCGAGGAUUUGGUAUUGUUUCCUGCGGCAGGAAAUAUCGGCAUGGUACGCCGUCGAACCGGAUCCUUUGAUGCCAAUUGUCGAUUGGUUGUGCACCCAAGCAAUAGUGAAGACAUGGAAGAUGACCAUGCACUGAUAGAGUUUUUGGAUCAGCCAGUUGGUGUCACGAUUGAAUUGAUUGCUACAACAGAUAUCAUGAAAUCAACGACGUUAGUGGUCGAUCUGUUUGAAUCUAUUGCUACCCCUUUAGAAUACAAAUUGUUGUUCAGUGAAUUGAAAUUGACAGGUCAGCCCUUUUCAAGACAGGUUUUUCAAGAUCGUCGUCGUAUUCGAAAAGGACGGGAGCACACCCCGGCAAAUAAAGCAACACUUUUGAAUGAAGAACUGUAAUUUUUCGUUGCGAGGAAGGCUCCUAGACUGCGAAAGAGGUUUUCCAAGACAAUUAGACACCAAUGCCAACCAAUAUGCUACCUUAGUUACAAAUUUUUCAUAUGAUUUGAUUAUAACGAAGGAUAUAAUUCAAUACAUAUGAUGAGAAGGCCUUGAAGUCAUCUAUAAUUAAUGUAUGGGAUUCUUUCUUUAAAGUUGCAAAUACCUUGUAGAUAAUGAAUAAUCUCAUCUUCACUGCAAGUUUGAUUAAGACUAUUGUACUCCUCACUAAAGUUAUUUUCUGAUGUUUCACUCAGCAAUUCCCAGUCGUGACUGAAUGUGUUAUGGAAUACAGGUAGGAAAUAUACAAUACUAAUUUUA